AGCAACGUGUGUGGACCAGCAAGGACAAAGAAAAUCAGGGAGAUCAGACCAUCCAUCCCACGGUCUCCUCCUUUCUUUGUGCAGUUCUUCCUGGGACACCAGAACUCCACACCUCACAUCUUCUCUUCUCUUCGUAGACAUCCUGAAUCUGAGUUUCAGUUUUAGAUAAAGACCUUUCCUGAGAGGAGAUCCAUCGCAGAAGUGUUAUUGCCACCAGAUCAAGGUCUCCACUGCUGAGCUUCUGCCAGACAGAGCCAUGGCUUGGGCCUCCAGCUUUGAUGCAUUNUUUAAGAAUUUUAAGAGGGAAAGCAAAAUCAUCUCCGAUGAUAACAUCACCUUGAUUAAGACUUACAUAGAGCAAAAUAAGCUUCAGAAAGCUGUUGCUGUCAUCGAAAAUGCACUGAGAGACAUCGAGGAUGCUCCUCUGAGCAUAGCUGUGACAGGGGAAACAGGCUCAGGGAAGUCCACUUUCAUCAAUGCCCUGAGGGGAGUGGGGCAGGAAGAAGAAGGUGCAGCUCCCACUGGGGUAGUAGAGACAACCACGAAGAGAACUGAGUACCCACAUACAAAGCUUCAGAAUGUAACCGUGUGGGACCUGCCUGGCAUUGGGUCCACUACCUUCACACCAGAAAACUAUCUGACAGAAAUGAAGUUUGGUGAGUACGACUUCUUCAUUAUCAUCUCAGCUACACGUUUCAAAGAAAAUGAUGCACAACUGGCCAAAGCCAUUGCAGAGAUGGAGAUGAAUUUCUACUUUGUCAGAACCAAGAUAGACAACGACUUAGAUAAUGAACAGAAGGGUAAGCCUAAGACUUUCAAUAAGGAGAAGGUCCUCGAGAAAAUUAGAGAUGACUGCUCAGGUCAUCUUCAGGAGGUUCUCUACAGUGAGCCUCCAGUCUUCUUAGUCUCUAACUUUGAUGUAUCAGAGUAUGACUUCCCAAAGCUGGAAACCAAACUCCUGUGGGAUCUCCCAGCCCACAAGCGCUACAUCUUCUCCCUGUCUUUGCAAAGUCUUACUGAGGCCACCAUUAACUACAAGAGAGAUUCCCUGAAGCAAAAAGUCUUCCUAGAGGCCAUUAAGUCUGGAGCAUUGGCCACCAUUCCCCUUGGUGGAAUGAUCAGUGAUGUCUUUGAAGAUCUGGAUGAAACAUUCAAUCUCUACAGGUCUUAUUUUGGGCUGGACGAUGCUUCGCUGGUAAGCAUUGCCCAGGAUUUUAACAUGUCUGUGAAUGACUUCAAGGUACACCUUCGGUUUCCCCAUUUGUUUGCAGAACACAAUGAUGAGUCCUUUGAAAGAAAGCUAUUAAAAUAUAUCAAACACAUUUCUUCAGUCACUGGUGGACCACUCGCUACACCCAUUUACUAUAAGAGGGCUUAUUAUUUGCAGAAUCUCUUUCUUGAUACUGCAGCCAACGAUGCCAUAGCUCUUCUGAAUAGGAAAGGACUUUUUGAGAAGAAGGUGGGACCAUAUAUAUCUGAUCCCCCUGAGUACUGGGAAUAAUGGAAAAAAUGAGGCAUGAGUUCCAACCAGUGUUUACUCUUAGCCUCACUUUGGGCACUGACUUUUAGCCUAGUCCUGUGGGAGGAAAAUGUCUCAGUGGCAGGCCAGUGGAUUCAUCCUUUUCCUUCUCCUGAUCCAGUAGAUCACCAUGGCAACUGCUUAGUAAUGCUAUACUAGUAGAAAAAGAAGAGUUUUCAACAUCGU